UUCAACACAUAUGCAAAGUGUGACCUCUUACACAACAAUUUGGCCGAGUGCUUCAAUUCUUGGAUCACCAAGUUCAGAGAUAAGACCAUACUGGUAAUGUUGGAAGGCAUUAGGACAAGUUUGAUGAGAAGGUACCAGCGGAAAAGAGAAAUUAUAGCUGCGAUGGAAGGCAAUGUUGGGCCAAAAAUUAAGGAGAAGUUGGAGAUAGAAGAAGAUGAGGCCGGACAUUGUACACCAACAUUUGCUGGUGAUGGUUUAUUUGAGGUCGAGUGCAGGGGUAGAAGGUAUGCUGUGAAUUUACCUGCCAAGACAUGUGGGUGCAGAAAGUGGGAUGUUUCUGGUAUCCCAUGUGCUCAUGCCAUCUCAUCAAUAUGGCAUGGUGGAGGCAACCCUGAGGAUUAUCUGAGCCCAUACUUUGGCAAGGAGAUGUACCUAAAGGCAUACACACCCAUCAUCUACCCUGUACCCAGUGAGGAGCAGUGGGCUAGGACAAAUCAACCCAUCAUUGAACCACCUAAGGCAAGGGCAUCUUCGGGAAGACCUAAAAAACUGAGGAACAGAGGGGCUGAUGAGACCUUAAAUCCCUACACAGUUAGAAAGGGUGGUACGAAGAACCAAUGUAGGAUGUGCAAAAAAUAUGGUCACAAUACUAGAACAUGCACUGCGAGGAUGCAACAUGAUGAAAGACAAGAACGUAGGCGGAAUUUCUAUAGAAAACAUGCAGCAGAUCUUGACUGCAAUCUUGACAGGUUGGAUGGUUCAUCCAGUGCCCCAUCUGUGGCCCAAUCUACUGCAUCAAUGCCAAGUGCCCCAUCCAGUGCCACAUCCAGUGCCCCAUGUGUUGGUAAUCCUACUCACCCAACAGGAAGUAGGGGGCAAAAGAGGAGAAGAGAAGAUGGUUCAAGCAGUGCGUCUGGACAAGGUCAGGGAAGGGGUGCAAGCAGUGCAUCUACACAAAGUCGAGGUCAAAGGAGCACAAGAGGAAGGGGUGCAAGCAGUGAAGGGGAAGGACAAGGUCAGGGUGAAGGCAUUGCAACUGCACAAGGUAGAGGGCAAAAUACGACAAGAGGAAGGGGUGAAAGCAGUACAACUACUGCACAAGGUCGAGGUCAAAGGAGCACAAAAGGAAGGGGUGCAAGCAGUCAGGGUGAAGGCAUUGCUACUGCACAAGGUAGGGGGCAAAAGAGCAAUCUCGGGUUGGCCACCAGGAUAAGAAUAUCUGGCAGGUUGAGAACUUCUGUUUUACAAACAGGAAUGCACAAGAGCAAAGGAAAACUCCUUGUCGAUCUCACUGGAAACCCUGCUGGACCACCGAAAGUUCCAGGGGGUGGACCAGCAUGCUCAUGGGGUCCUCCCAGAAGUGCAACUGGUAUCACUUUUAGAGUUGCUCCCCCUGAUUUCGACAUCCACAAUUUGGUUGCUGCAUCCACUGUCAUUCCUCAACCAGAAGUACAAGGAGUUGCAAAGAAGAAUGACAAAGGGAAGAAAAAGAUGUGGAGAGUCUGAACAUGGUUUAUUAUUAUGUUGACAUAUGUUAAAGUGUGAUGAUAGUUAUGUUAUGUUAUGUUAUGUUAAAGUUUGAUGAACAAGUUUGCUAGUUAUGUUAUGUUAAAGUGUGAUGAACAUGGUUUAUUAUCAAUAAUGAAGUUAAAGUGUGAUGAUUUAUGGAAAGUUAAA